ACUAGCCACGAGUAGAACGGUACAAAUGAACGCGACGAACGACGCGUGAGGAACGGCGGCUUUUUCUUCUGCAGUUUAGCUGCCCUAGUAAAAUUACGAUGAAAUUAUCUUUGUGUUAUAGUUGAGAUUCACAGUAAGGACAUAUGUUAACAGAGAUUGGAGCGACGUUUCGCCGUCUGUUCUCGGGAUCCCACGGUGAUGCAGUGUCCGACCGUCGGAGGAAACGUAAGAGGAAUCAAGAUGAAUUUGAAGGGGAUGAUCCCACAGCUUCCCGACGCAAGCAGGCUCGAUACGACUUCCAAACCGACCAUCGGGACUACGCCCCAGGAUGGAUUCGAUGGGCGGUGCGAAAACCUUUGAGGAAUUACUUCGUUAACAGCGUUAUUCGUUGCUUCUGGCCCUCCCAGGCCCCUGUCAUUCCGUCUGAGCCACGCUUACCAGAAUUUAGUUCCAACCGAAACGUGUUUACCGUCAACAUGCCUAAGAAAACAAACACGCGACUAGCACUGUCAUCGGCCGAAUUGGCGCGGCCGUCUCUGAAGUGUGACUACGAAAUACAAAAUUCUGAUGCUACAGGAUCGGCUGUUUGGGUAAAACCGGCUGACACUACCAAGCAAGCUCGUCGGCGACCAGCAGUGAACUCACGGCCCCCUGAGCACAAGCAGCUUCUUACACCGUACAGGUGCAUCAACUUGAAAGAAAAGGAAGAAUUUAGGCUUCUGCUGCAGCAUUUCAACGUGUCACAAAGAUUCGGGAGGCCCAAGAGGAAACCAGUGCUUAAAGAUGCUUCCACUAUGGCAACCGAAGCCUUGCUUCCAUCAGCCGCUUGUUCCAGCUUGCAACAGUCCAGUGCAUUGGUCCCAGCUGAAGUGAAGCCGAAGAAGUUGCACCACAACACUAUUAACCUUUGUGACCUCGACGGGCAGACAGAGGAAGAGAAAAAGGAAGAAAGCACACAGUGGGUCCCAGUUGUACCAAAGACAACCUUCAGUAAGACUCCAACAAGCCCGUACUUCUCUCCACGAUGGGUGGAAGAUUUCAAGGAGCACUUAACAUUCUUAGAAGAGGACAAGCUCGCCCAAAUUAAAAAACAAGAGCAAGUGUGCCAGAAACUGAGGGCCCAGAGUGAAAAAGAACGUCAAGUGGAAGACGACUUUGUUCCUUGUGUACUUCUAGAGGAUGUUCCCGCGGAAGAAGCUUUGCCCGAGCUCACCUCGGAGAUGGAAGCGGUGAUCGACAAUGCGCUCUCUCCAACCCCUCCAGACGAAGUGUUAGCCAGCGGAUUUCGCUUGACCGUCACUCGCCGCGACAUGGAAACCCUCGCGGGGCUCAAUUGGCUGAACGACGAGGUCAUCAACUUCUACAUGAACCUCCUCGUCGAGCGAGGCCGCACAGAUAACUUUCCCAGCGUAUACGCCUUCAAUACGUUCUUCUAUCCCAAGCUCGUAGCUGGUGGACAUGUUGCGCUGAAACGGUGGACGAGGAAAGUCGACCUUUUCUCACACGACCUCGUUUUGGUUCCUGUACACCUGGGAGCGCAUUGGUGCCUGGCGGUCAUUGACUUCCGCAGCAAGACGAUCCAGUAUUACGAUUCUAUGGGAGGAUCCAACCCGGAAUGCCUGGAGGCUCUGCGUGACUACUUGAAGGACGAAAGUCUGGACAAGCGUCAGGAGAAGCUGGACAUGAGUGAAUGGACACUGGAAACUGUUAAGGGGGUGCCGCAGCAGAUGAACGGGAGUGACUGCGGGAUGUUUGCGCUUAAAUAUGCGGAAUACAUUACUCGCGAUGCGAAGAUCACUUUCAGUCAGAUGAACAUGCCUUAUUUCCGCAGGCGAAUGGUCUACGAAAUUUUGACGAAGAGACUUCUCUGACCCGUUACUGUAUUUUGUCAAUCCAUUAUACAUUUGUUUGUCUCUGAGCACAGUGCAUGUAUUUUCUGUUGGGGCUCGCUGUUGCUUCCUCAUUGGUCGGAGCUGCACCACACUACCGAAUAUUUCAAGUGACGGGACGUCAUGGCACGGCUGAAGCACUCGAUAUUUUUGUAACCGUUUGCAUUAUUAUUUUGCACUCACAUUAAAUGUUGGUAAUCGAUAGCAAA